GUGAGACCCCUCUCAUUGAAAUUGAGUUUAUAUCGGCUAUAUAAGCCAUUGUGGACGCAUUUUGAGUUGGCUUCGCUGAAGUCCACAUCGCGAGAAAAGGGGAAGCCCACGCUGAUUUUUUAGCAUAGUUAUACGGAAAUGACUACCCCAAAUUAUGCCAGGAAGCUGUAUUUCACUGUUGUUGAAGAUGUGUUAACCAAUGUAAAAGAGGCUUUUCUGGAUGAAGGGGUUGAUGAACAAGUUUUACAGGAACUUAAACAGUUAUGGGAAGGAAAGUUAACUGCAUCCCGUGCCCUUGAUCCAGCUGAUCCUGAGCCUGUGGUUCCAAGCAACAUUCCAUAUCCACUAUUACAACAACAACAGUCUAAUCAACCUACUGUGGUACCUGCAGGGAGUGGCGUACAACAGCAGAUUCCUAUACCUGUACAAAUAAAUCAAGAUGGACAGAUUAGUAAUGCAGCUAGCAUGGCAUUUUCUGCCCAGGGUGGAAUGUUCCCUCAACAACUUCAAGCUCUAGUCAAUGUUAACCCAGGUGCUCAACUUACCCUUCAACAAACAGCCAAUGGUCAGUAUAUAUUGCAAGCAUUAACCCCUAGUGGUCAAGGUCAGAUGGUAAGCAUGGGUCAGCAAAUCAUACAAGCCCAACCAGGACAAAUACAACAAGUACAGGGACAAAAUCUUCCUCAAUUUGAUGGUGUACAUGAUGAAAAACACACAGAUACAACUGACACAGAGCACAGAGAUACAGAUACACUAAACACAGAGCAACCCUGUUCCUCACAAGACAGUGAGCCUAGCUGUUCUGGUGCUUGUGGUUGCUACAAGCAAGAAGUUGAGAUUGAAUUUGAAGCUUCCAAAGCAAUGUCAAAAAAGUUGGCGAGAGAUAUCAAAAGAAGUAUAAAAAGCCGGGUACCUCAAUUAGAUGGAAACCAUGACACAAGUUCAUCAGAUGAUGAUGAUUAUGAUGAUGAUGAUGGGAAUGAUGAUGAUGAUGAGAAAGAGGAUGGUGAAGAAGAGGGGGAAGAAGAGGAGCCUUUGAACUCAGAUGAUGAUGUCAGUGAAGAAGAUCCUACAGAACUGUUUGAUACAGAUAAUGUAGUUGUUUGUCAAUUUGAAAAGAUAAGCAGAAACAAAAGUAAAUGGAAGUUUAAUCUCAAAGAUGGAAUUAUGAAUCUAGAAGGAAAAGACCAUGUGUUUCAGAGAGGUAUUGGUGAUGCAGAAUGGUAGUCAUAUUUACUCUAUGAACAGUGAACUUGGAACUGUGAUCUGUAAACCAGUCCAAAAAUGUUGCAGACUGUAUCUCUUUUUUUCUAGCAUUUUUCUAUUACUUUACAAUUAAGUGCAGUACCAGUCCAGACUGUGUUUUUUGUGUGUAAAAAUCAUGGUUUAAUU